UGUGGCUUAUUUCUUUCACUGUCUGAAUUAGAAUCAAUAAAAAAUUUGUGGCAAAAAGCUCGUCCUGCAUUCAAAUUACCUGGGAGGAAAAAGAUUUCCACCACUUUACUAGAUAUUGUAUAUGAAGAAACUAAACAAGAAGUUGAUGAAUUAAUAGAGAAAGCUGAAUAUUAUAGUUUGGUUUCUGAUGGAUGGUCAAGUAUUACUUGUGAACAUUGGGUAAAUUGUAUUUUAACCACUCCUGCACCUGUUUUUAUAAAUGCUCAUACUACUGGAGAGAUUCAUCAAACAGCUGAAAAUGUGGCAGCUGAUCUUGAAGAGACAAUUAAGAUAUUAGAUAUAAAUAAACUUUCUUCACUGGUAACAGAUAAUGCAAAAGUGAUGAAGAAGGCAUGGCAUAUUUUAAUGAAUAAAUAUCCAUCCAUAAUAUAUAUAGGUUGUAUUUCACAUAAUUUGAAUCUCUUAAUUGGUGAUAUUAUCAAGUUAGAUGGAGUUGCUGACUUUUUAAAAAAAAAAAGUAAAAAUAUUGUAAAAUUUUUUAAAUCACAUAAUAUUCCAUUAGCUGUUUUUAAAAGACAUCAACAAAAUAAUAAUCAACAUCAAGUUUCAUUAAAAUUACCAGUAAUAACUAGGUGGGGGUCUUCUGUUAUGUGUCUGGAUUCAUUAAUAAAGAAUCGAUUGCCUUUAGAAUUAGCUGUCACAGAAUUAUCUUGUGAUAUAGAUAUUGAUAUAAAGUUAUAUAUUCAAGAUGAAGAAUUUUGGGAUAGUAUAAUUUCAAUUCAUAACAUUUUGGAUAAAGUGUUUAUUGGUAUUAAAUUAUUUGAAUCUGAUGAACCAAAAUUGGGCCAUUUUUAUGAAUGGUAUCAUCAGAAUCUUUUAGAUACUCAAAUAAAUUUUGAUAAUCAAAUAAAAGAUAUUAUUAAAAGAAGAUGGGAAAAAAUAUAUGAUCCAGUAAUGUUAGUUGCUUAUCUUCUUAAUCCUGGGAUUUCUGAACAUAAAUUGCCCGAAGAAGGCAUGACUUUAUUGUCAAAUUUUAUUAUCAAAUAUUAUCCCAAUGACUCUAUUAAAAUUUGGGAACAAUUUUUACAAUAUAAAGCUCGUAGUGGUAUAUUUGGAAACUCAUUGGCAUGGGUAUCCAUCAAUAAUGUGGAUUUAUUAACCUGGUGGAAAGGCAAUUUUGGAGCUGUGGCACCUGAAUUGACAAAAGUUGCAGUAAGAGUUCUUUCUAUUCCUACCUCAUCAGCUGCAGCAGAAAGGAAUUGGUCUACAUUUUCUUAUAUACAUGAUAAAAAACAAAAUAAAUUGACAAAUGAUUGCAUUUUUAAAUUAGUUUAUAUAUAUUUUAAUAAUAAAUUGAAAACCCCAAAGAUAAGUAAAGUUACAAAUGUAGAUGAAGAUAUUGAUGAUAGUGAUGGUACUGUUGAUGAUGAUAGUGAUGAUACUGUUGAUGAUAGUGAUGACAAUGUUGAUAAUGUUGAUAAUAGUGAUAUUGACAGUGAUGAUGAAAAUGAAUUAUCUGUAAACAUUUAA